AUGGCAACAAGACCGCACGGACUUUAUAGUAGUCAACAUACUACUAAUUAUAUAAAUAAAAAAGGAAUUCAUGAAUUAUUCGAGGCCAUAAUGACAGCUCUAAUGGUUAAUAAACCUGAUGAUCAUAUUGCUUUUAUUCGUGAAUGUUUAGACAAGGUGCAAAAUAAUCCAAAUCGUCUUCGCUGGGAUCAUUUUGUGACAAAUACCAGUAAUAUAAAAGGUGCCUUACCAUCAAGAUCAACAACUGUUAAAAGCCGACAAAAACCAUUACCUCCUGUUCGUAGUUCAAAUUCAACAACAAAAACAAGUCAAACAUCAAAUCGUCAAACACCAAUCAAAGCACCAGCAUUACCACCAAUUGAUCAUAACAAAAAGACCUCUCAAAAUCCACCUAUUGUUUUUGUUCUAAGUUCAUCCGGUUCAACAAAAUUAUGUUCAAGAUUAAUUGAACGUUACGAUGGUAUAACUUAUUUAUUGAUUAAUGAUAUUGCAAAUAUUGAUGAAGAUGAUUCAAUUGAUCUUAGAAAACAUGAACAUCGAUAUGAUUGUGUUAAACAUGCAAUAGAACAACGUCAUUCAAAUUCACAUGGUUUUCUUAUAGCUGGUCAUCUUGAUGAAAAAUAUUUCUACGAUAAAUGGCAAGAAAAACUCGGACGCAUUGAUUUAAUAAUUAUAUUAUCAUCCAAUCGACAAACGAUAGCAAAUCAAAAUGUAGAUAUUAUUCAAAUCGAUUCAAAUAAUGAUUUUGACAUUAUACUUGCCGAUGCAAUUCGUGUUGUUGAUGGGAUUUUUCCUCAUAAUACAUUAAUGAAUCAACAUUCUCAAUUAAUUGAAUCGAAAACAAAUCAUUUUACUUUACCAAUUAUAUUUUGCAUUGAUAUUCAUCGUUUAUUAACAAAAGAAAAUUGUAAUCCUAGUAAUGAACAUAAACUUGUUGAACAUGUAUCAAUUGAUGAUGAAUUUGAUAUAACUGAUGAAGGAAGUGAAGUUGAAAGUAAUAAUUCAUUUAUUUGUGCAUUAUGUGAACGUUUAGCCGAACAAUUCUCAUUUAAACAUAUUCGAUUUGGAGAUUCAAAUACUAAUUUACUUAAUUUUGAUCAAUUAAAAACAACAAUUAUUGAAUCAAUGAGUACAUGUACUGGUUAUAUUAUUGAACAUUUUCCAACUUCAUUUAAUAAUCUUCAAAAAUUUCAAACAGAAAUUGGUCCUUGUUCAGCAUUAAUUUAUAUUGGUGACCAUAGAACAGAAACAAAAUGUAGUGAAUUUAAUAGUAUUAUCGAAAAAUGUAUACAAGAAAAUAAAGCUAUUUUUAUUGAUUGUCGAAUGGAAGUUGAUGAAAUUUAUGAAGAUCUCAAAAAAGAUAUACUCGAACGUAUUUGA